AUGAAGAAAGCAAACUGGAGUAGAAAAAAAUUUCUGCUUGUGGCAGGGCUGUCACUUAUAGGUUUCCAUUUUGGAAGCAUGCUUGUAAACUUUGCUGCAAAAAAAUCUGUUCAAUCACAUUCGGAAGCUAAAAAAAACUAGUCAUCAAUGAAACCGCCUAAUGCUGUCAUUAUGUAUGAACUUCACAAUAAGAUUUAAGCUUCAUUCAAAGAGAUCAUGAACAGUCACAGGAAUGCUGUUAUGGUACUGUAUGUACUGUUUCAUAUUUGAAGUACUAACUCUUGGCUGCAAAGAAUGAAAGUGUACUGCUUUAAAUUUUAAAAGUGCUAUGAAUUAUAGAUCCAAGUAAAAAUUAAAUCUGUUUUGUUGUCCAGAGUUAAAAUCUUACUUCAAAAAUGUCUCGUCUUGAAGCUAAAAAGCCUCUGUUAUUUAUUAGUGAACCUUUAAAUAAAGAUACAGUUAGUCAGUCA